AUGAAAUCAACCAGUCCUUCGAGCUCACCCAUGAUGGGCAACAGUACUUCAUCAUCACCAUCUAGCACUAAUCAAUCUUCUCCCUAUCUCUAUUAUUUUCCCAUCACUUCGAUCAUUCUUCCUCCCUCUCAGUCCUCAUCUACACAACCUUCUCAUUAUGGCGAUGGUUGCUACUCACCAGUAUUGAGUCAAACAACGACACAUUCAAAACGAUGGUCUCUAAAGUUACAAGCGUACUCUCCACAAAAUUCACACAAUGAUCUCAGUAGUAUUCAUGACAAUACAAAUACAGCCACUUCAUCCUCGUCAUGCUCCUCAUCGCCUGUGAUGAUUAGUUUAGGAGGAGGAAAUCAAAACACUACCCGAUCUGUCAUUUCACAUGCAGCUCAUGAGAUUUCGACCACCAUUCCUAAUUGUAUUUUAGAAUUGAGAGAAAAGUUUCAAACAUUUCUGGAACAGACCACGACAACGAAUAAUCAAGCACCAAAUGCUCCAACAAGCAAAGAUGCCUAUUUGAACAAAUUGGCCUUCUUGGAUGAGUUUUUCAGUCCUUCAAAAAACCGAAUUAGAAGAUUUGAAAGUUUGGAUGCUAUAUUCGCUACCUGUGAUCGAUUUUUAAAGCAUCUUGUGAAAUCGAGCUCUUCAAGUAUUGUCACAAACAUUACCAAUGAUCGAUACCCCUAUUUACUUGCAAUGGAUGAAAUUGCAAAACAAAGCUCGACGAUUCCAUUGCUGAGUUCUCAUGAAUAUUGUUUGCAAUGGUUCAAAGACCAAGCAACUCUCGCUUCUAAAUAUUGUAAACAAGAAAUAGCAAAAAAGUUAAAAAGAGAAGCAUCUAUCGAUGAUGCAGCUCAACACUCCUCUGAAGAUGAUUCCGACAAUGAAGAAGAUGACGAAGAAGCCUUGGUUGAGGAUGAAGGAAAGACUUCAACCGAACAAGAUGAUUCGACACAAGAGGAAGAAUCUCUAUCGAUGGAAAACUACGACGACACUGGAUUGAAAAUGUUAACUUUAAUGUUCACGAAUUGUUUGGAAGAUAAAUUUGCACUCUUCCAAAAAAAGAAUUCAAAAUUUAUAAGAAAAUGGUUCUCAAAGAACAUUAAGGAAUUACCAAAUCACGUGAUCGAUUUAUUACAGAAAAAGAGACGCAAAUUUCUUCAUUAUCAUCACCAAUUCAAACUCUCUGAAGAAGACAUGAAUGUCAAAACUUUGAUUGAUUCUGACUUUGAAUUUGCAUCCUAUUUGAUGGAUCAUACAGAAGAUUGGAAAGUUCUUCUCGACGAUGUUUGUGAUAUGGUCAUGUACAAAUCUAAAGAAAGCUACUCGAGUAUUUAUGGAAUGAAAAAUCAAAAAAUCAUUUGUACAGUUCCUUACUCGAUCGAAAAUGUAUUGAAAACCAUGCUUACCAACGAAAUGUUUGGAGAACGCAAUGGAAUGCUCGUAGACAUGAAAUUCCAUGCCUUCCAAGAACUAGAUCCUAACAUCUCCUCUAAAAAGUAUUCCACAGUGAUUCAAACCAGUACCAUGAAUUAUGGACCUCUAUUCAAGAAGAGAGCUCUUGAAAAUGUCAUUUCAACAAGAGCCGUCUUUUGUGGAAAUGAAGUACAAGAAGUAAUUCACUUGUACAAGACCUGCUCAUUCGUUUCACGACAAGACGAUUCUAAGGCUCCUGUGAAAGUGGUUGUUUUUGGAUGUAGGCGUUACACCAAAGACGAUACGAAUCGAACACGAAUUGUGGAUGGCCGUCUCAUGAACAUGGGUGGAUUUUUCAUGAACUCGGAUUUUGUGAUUAAUACGUUGGGAGCCAAAAAGAUGGCUGAGGAUUGGGAUGAGUUUUUAAACAUCAUGCUUACCGAGGCAGCGAAUAAUAAUUUUAAGGCUCCAGAUCCAAAAGAGCAUUAUAUCUGGAGAACGUUGUGUGAUUAUUGUCGAGUACAUUGUAAAGUGGAUAUUACCAAAUGGUGA